AUGGCAAGGAGUGCGGAGAAGGCUAUGUAAUGUCCAAUAUUUUUGUGGUUUACUUUUCAGGACCGCCUUAGCGCGAUGGCGCGCUGCCUACGUUGACAAAGUCGCCGAAUUGAAGAAAAGACCACAUUUCGCUGGAGACUGCGAAAUUUUGAAGGAUGCGAUGUUUUUCAGACGUCAAGUUGUGCAUGAGAUUUCGCGGAAAAUUGCCCAAAUUCAGAAUCGUAUGCGAAUUUUAUUGCUACGUGAUUGCCCCGCUAAUAGCUAGUCUUGGCGAGUACAAGCUUCGCGACCUCAACGAUGAAAUCAACAAAUUGAUUCGUGAGAAAGACCGAUGGGAUCUCCGAAUCAAAGAGCUUGGUGGUCCAGAUUACAAAGCAGAUGCUCCAAAACUACUAGAGAAGGAUGGUCGAGAGGCUCCAGGAAAUCGGGGUUACCGAUAUUUUGGGGCAGCCAGAGACCUGCCGGGUGUUCGGGAACUGUUUGAAGAACAACGUAAGAGUUCCGUUCUAAUAUUUACGCAACCUGUUUUCAAUAGUAUCAUUUUGACUUUGGCUAUAGUAGGUACGCAUAUUGAUUUCUCUAUCAUUGCGAGAAAUUUUCAAUAUCUCACCCCUAUCUCCUGUUAUGGAUGCCUGAGCACUCGGCCUGAAUUAACUGCGGCUGGCUACCCCUUCUUAGGUACUGUUUCUUAUCCAUUUGAUUAGGGAAAAUUGAGUGUGUCCAUUAGAUGGAGUUAUUUCUUGCUUCACGGACGGUUUAUCUUCAAAACGGGGUCUUACGUCUGUUAAUCUGACUUGGUUAUAGUUCAGGCACUUUGGGAAUCUGACCCGAUAGCAGAUCCUCAAUUUCGUGGCCGUUUACAUUGGUGGGUGUAACCUUGAACUGGAGUUCUCACAAAAUCCACAAUGAGCUAUUCUGCCGACCCCCUACUGCAUUUUGACCACAUUACAAUCGUUUUCCCUCAUUGCAGUCAGUCAGAAAUGGGUUCCCACCCGAGAUGAACUAGUUGGCACCCCAGCCCUACAGACCAAACGUCAUCAGGUUCAGGGGAGAUGAAGUCUCGACCAAUUUCUCUUUAAAACCGGCGUAGUACAUGACGAGGGGGGCACAGUUACAUAAUCGAGUUUCCGAUGGACUUUGCAGGUUUUCUUUGGAAACGUGGUCGGAGAGGAAAGUUGGGAGAAUGAACAACAGGUAUCAUUGGUCAGACGCAUUUUCGGGUCCUGUAGUCACCCCGCAUACCCGUACAAAACGACUAUUGGCGGAAGCCUGGUCGGAAAUAGGAGUCAGGGAUUUGGUGCAAGUCAGGUUCCCUAGAUCGCUGGUAACAAAAAUGACUUAUUUAAUAAGCUCUUAUUGUUACUGCAGUUCCAUAAUCGGUUUGUCAGAGCUAACUCUUGUAUCCUACUAAAACUACCACAUCGGUCCGUAACUGUUUAUUUGCAGUGCUUGCGUGCUUAUCUCGUAGUUACCUUUCAUUAAACGCCAUUCCACAAGCGACUAACUUGCGCACCGGGCUGCCAUCGUGCAGACCAACAGACAGACCCCAUCUUCUGUCGAUUCCUGUCUUCCUACCGCCCACAAAAGCUGGAUACAAGAGGCUAUCGUCUCUCUGAAUACCGUCCAUAACGGUCGAUUCAUCAUGGGAAACUACCAGUCCAACUCUGUCAUUUUUAGCCAACAGCCUAUUUUGUUCUUCCCUUUGUCAAUACAUUUAAUGUUUUAACGUAUGCUUUACGCUUUCGUGUCUGUAAUAAGUUAAGGGUGUUAGGUCUGGUCACUGUAGUCCACUAAUACUUGUACCUUUUUCGCUGUUACAUCUGUUUAUGACAACACUUGGUGGGAUAGAACAGCUUUCGAACAGCAAAUUGACCACAUGUCACGUUAAGCUCUCAGUGGACAAUGGGUGGAAAGAAAACAGGCCAACGUUGUUGCAUUUUAGCGACAAAAUGUGGUUUGCUGAGGUUUGACAGUUCUCGAUAUUAACGUCCACUACUAGUAUGCAAUUAUAGUUUUUGUUAUCGAGACAAUAUGAUUUCAGUAGUUACGACACGGGCCCGUGGAGGUACGUUUGCAAAACUAAUAGUAACACCUAUCGAUAAUAACUCAAACAACUUGCCCGCGCGCCAACGUAAAUAGGUGUGGUUGUUGCGAAAAAUUUCGUAAACGGGCCUUUUAUGAAGAAAAAUACGCAACCGGUGCCGGUAUUACAUACAAACACUCAUGGAACAAGCCAGGACUGGCCUAGAAUGAGUAUUUCGAAAUUACCGUGUUCCCGCUCGACCAACAAAAUAAGCUCCAUGACGUCCAUUUAUCUCUCCAGGACUCUCCCAUGUCUAAUGGGCGCCUGCCAUUCCGGACUGCCCCGCAUAGUGUAGGAAGUAGAUGAGGUCGUCGGUCUAGAAUGAAUUAUACCUACCGUUAAUCGAAGCAAAGCAAAGUCAUCCGCUCGAAAAUGCUAGUUGAUACCAUCUGACAGGUCUAGUUGAAAUGCUCAGUCCACGGAAGCUAGCCCGCCGUGGUCAGCACCAUACACGCACUUUCCGCAAAAUAUGUUUGGAUUUACAAAUAUCUUUAAAAUAAUUGGAAAACAGUUUAUACCAUUCACCCAGACCUUUAUUGGAAAAUGUGACUUUCUUCAGUUACCUGGAUGGUGCCCUUUUAAAGAUUAACAUCCAGACAUGCAUUGUUAGACCUUGCGUACACUGAAACUGAGUAGUAAUCUCAGCUUAACUUUGGCACACUAAUUUUGAAUUCUGCUCUGUCGUCUGUUUUUGCUGAGAACCACUCUCGUCACUAUCUCACAUCCUGCUAUUCUUUUUUGAACCAAAACAGCACAACCCAUUCCUCGUAAAACUCGUGGCGAACUAAUGAAACAAGUUGACAUUUCCUACUAUGGUAACUGUGAUGAAGAUGACGGCGUAAUUCUCCCUCAGGAAGCCGCUUACGAGGAAAAGUGUGAGUUCCCUCCCUAAGAUCUUGUCGCUGCCAAAUUCCUUUUUAAAUGUAUACCCAGUCGCGGCAUGUUUAUUUGACCGGUGCCCACCACUGGUCGCAUACAGAUUUGGCUAAUAAGAAACUCAUGGCAAAGGCAAAUAGAGCCUUUACAUCUUGGCUUUGUCGGCCGCUAAGUUUAGCUGCAAUUUCGGAAGGAUAUCGGCACGUGUUCUACUUUUGCCACUCGGAGUACUCGGCAUCGGCUUUAGGUCGGUUCAAUAAUGAAUCACAGAAGUUUUAUUGCCUGCUCCCGAACAUAACUACUUUAUAAAUCGGAGCCCUGAUCCUUGCAGUCCGAGACUGCCUGACCUCCAAGCAUAUUUAACCCUAAAGAUCCAGAAAUCAUGGUGUGUGUGUGUGUGUGUGCUGGCGUAAACCACUCGAAUCGUCGAUCCCACGUAGUUAAGUAACUAACAGCUGUGCGUUGAGUUAACCGGCCGAUUACUUUUUACAGACUUCGAUGCCUAAGGUGUCCUCCUGGAAAUCCCCGAUGAGUGCCUCCCUUUUUGCAUAAAAUGAUGAGGGUAAGCAGCCGUACCACCAGUUUAGGACACAUGCAGUCUUUUCUGCCAGAUACCUUUGUAAAAAGGACACUGCAUCCCACUAAAUGCAAUGCCAUACAGGAUUUUUCACAGAUUUCACCUGACGGAGCAUCGGCGUUACAUCUGGCCUGGAAACCCAGACGGCGGUCGCAUUAAGAACAACCAGUGGUUGAGAAACGACUUUCCGGUCGUCUUUCUCAGUGACUUUCUUAGGGCAACGUUACCGUGUACAGGUGUACCGCACCAUCUGUACAUGCUGCACGGUAAUAUUUCAGAUAAUUUGACCAAACAGUACGCCCAUUCUGGUAGGUUAGAGAGGAAUUUGUCCUCCCUUCUAAGCGACCUGUAGAACCGUAUAUAUAGGGGGUGACUGCUGGAUACGAAUUCUUUGACGCAAACCUAGAACAGUCCUGUACUUUUUUGUUUAAUGGCUCCUAUCGUAAUUCGUCGCUGCACAGCUGCUAUUGACUGGCUCAAUAAUGUGGCGACGGAUCUGAGGGGCUGUGAUCCUUACCCACCCUGAAGUGUCUUUUACGUCCACCUAACCUGGACAACGGGCUCGUGGCCCAGUUGUUAGAGGCGCGGACUUCUAACUAACAGGUCGCGAGUUCGAGCCUCGGAUGUUCCACACUUCGGGGUUGGGUAGGACUGGCUGACGACAACUAAUAAGCCAGAAAUGGCCAUUCCAGUCUCCUCUGUCUUUGUCGGUAAUGCCAUUCUGCCUAACCUGGUUUGUUUUACUAAUGCCUGGUAACUUGCCCCGUUCCUACUCCCAACUACUAAAUUCCUGUUCUGUCUGUCAGUGAUGGCCCGGAAAGCUGAAAUUUGGAAGAGGCGCCACGAUGAAGAGGCGGCAGGCAGAAAGGCGGCCUAUCUUCGCUCAAAGCAAUACCAGGAAGACCUGGAGGAAGAUGAUGAGAAUCCAGACGAAAAGGAUAUUUAUGACACUGGUGACAAUGUAAGUCCUCUCGUUUGCGUCCCCUCAUACGGACCACCGCUUGCGCGCGGGGAACCAAAUUAACUGAAGGGUAGCAAGGGGCGAUAACUGGGGUGUAUAUGUUCUGCGUCUGAAUUCUCAAACGAAAUGCGCCACUGUCUGACGAGUCAGACCCGCAUUCAGCCGCUACGUGCGUCGGCUUCGUCUCCGUGCGCUUCCGCAUGUUUAUCCAUUUCACUGUCUGUGUCGUAGCGAGCUGCCCGUUAUGACUUUCGGACCCAAACUGGCCCACCCCCCUCUCCAAGUGGAUGAGAACAGGCAAACACUUGCCGUACUAGCCAGGACAUGACAGCAGACGGGGUGUCGACAGAAGCGCUAGCAGUAUAUAGACGUGAGUUCCUAGACGUGAGCAUACAAAAGCUCAGUGACGGGGGCAUCGCAACAAGCGUUUAUCGCUGAGAUCAUCCUGAGCUAUCAGAGUAACCACCCAGCUGCCCAUAAAAGAAGCUAUGUUCGGAUCCUUUUCCACAGGGCCUAUCGGUACUGCAGUAGCGCCGAUUUUCACAAAAAAGAACUGGCCUACUUGUAUCGCCUUUUCUGACUCAACGGAUACCCGGUGAGCUUUGUGAAAAAUUGUCUCAGACGCCAUCGACAACCACAAAACGUCGACUCUAACGGAGACAGGAUAUCACGAAAAUUCUAUUCCCUGCCCUACAUGCCGAGAAUUUCCGAAGCGAUCGCUCGAUAAUUCAAUCAAUUUGGCAUCUCCAUCGCCCACAAACCGGCGUCUUCAUUGCGCACGACAUUAUCCGGGGCAAAAGACCUUAUACCGAAUGAGCAGCAAACAAAUGUCAUUUACCGCAUUCCAUAUGCAAACUGCUCUAGCGUUUAUGUUGGGCAUACCGGCCGACGACUCGGGACCCGCAUUAACCAACAUAAGUUGACCAUCCGCCGACCGGACCCCUUGUCUCUCGUGUCUGCGCACGCCCUUGAGUGUGAUCACCGCUUCAACUGGGAGAGGACCGAAGUGAUCGCUAAUGCCAACACCAAACAAGUGCGAGAGUUUCUAGAAGCUUGGCACUCUAAUAACUAUAACAUCAACCGCCAUGUCGACUUGGACGCUCACUGCGAAGGCUUACGUUCACGGUUCGCCGGCUUGCGCCCACCCUAAGACACCAACUGCUAGUCCGUGUUGGCCAUGUAGAAUAUCACGGAUUCAGCACCUCCCCCCCACACAUAAACGUCUGUCUUGUCGAUGUAAUCUCGAUGUCACCCCAGCUCCCUAGUGCAAUUAUCUCCCUCACACUGUUCAUUUCGUCUGACGACGGGUUGGUGUAACUGACUUGAAAAUUCACGAGUAUACCUCGAUUUUCCGGCGAGCCUUUUCCUUUUAUUAUAUAGUAUAUUUAAUACAUCAUUGCGGCAGGCGUAUACUUCUUUCGUCCGGCCACCCAGAACUGUACAAGUCGGAUAUUUAUUCUUAGAUGUCCCUGAUGACAGCGAGCCUCUUUGUGGACUGAAUAAAGGUGUUUUAGCGUUAAGAGAUAACAUAUUAGCAGCACAGGUGCUAGCUAAAAGUUCAGACACACGUGUCUUGCUGAUAUUCUGCCGCUUCAUGGCACAGAUGCGAGGAGUUCGACUCAUCAGUGGGUACCCCAGCACUCCCCGGGUGCUUUUUGGUGGAUACUGCAGUUUAAACAUUGUUACGUUUUGACUUCCUCAGACGUUAACUGCUAACUUCAAGUAGAUCAAAUUUCGGUCUGCGCUUAUAGACCAUAGCAGUUGAUUUCUGAGGAAAUUAGAAGGCAACAAUGAAUAAAGGUAUGUCAAUCAGCCUACGUUUAUCUAGAUAUCCCCUCGGCUUUCAAAGCUUCACUUGCGACUAAAGUCCAUGGUAGUCUAUGCAAGGAGGCAUCACACACAACCCACUGGUGAGUUUUCCUGUUCAUAACCUGUGUUAACGCAGUCAGACACGCUUGAGGCGUCCGAAUUUGAUAUUUUUGAUAAUUUUAUUUAAUGCCAGUUUACAGGCAUUGUCUACGGGUUAGUUCGGCGGGCGCUCGACAAUCGUGCUACCUGCACCUGCGUUUGCCACGUGGUCAUCGAGUUGACUCAUGAGGUCGACCUGGCCGAAGUCAGGUUUGUGGCCAGUCGCGAAUUUCUGUCGCACCUCCGUACCGCUAUACAGUGUUCGUGCAUCCCUGUCUUUAAUCUUUACGCGUUCUCCGCAACUGCUUUUUUGUUAGCAGGCGACGACGGCAUUCCCUUGCCGACCGGGUUAUUUGGGUGGGUGGACCACCUGACAACGACGUGUUGAGUCGGCCUUGUGGGUGAUUCCAACCCUGAGAGGUCUGAGGAGCGUAGCGACGGCCUCCAGUACGCGUUUUGCGUACGGUAUACAUCGUCAUAGCGUGGGUUAGUUGGCCUCUGUUCGUCGUCGGUUCCUCUCGACGAACGUUCACGAAUACCUUAAGGAGCUCUACCAGAUGGUUCGCAUCGGCUCUCUUUGAAAUGUACCUGCUGCACAUCGCUUUUACUUGCCGACGCAACUUGUACGCACAACUAAUGUUGUGUUUCAGCCCGUACUUGUCGCUAAAACAUUGCAUUUUUAGUGUGAUCGUGAGUUUUACGUACAGGUUUGCCGUCAGUCCGGCGUUGGUUUAACUGCUGACGAAGACAUCUAAGGAGUGAUGGAGCCCUCCACUUUUUCCGCCAUAAAGAAGCCAGUAUCUGGGACGGCCGAGUUAUGUUUUAUUUCAGUGUAUUCCAUCCUGUGCACCCCGAUGAGAACUGGGAUUUGUCGACAGGAAAUUCUAUUCUGAAACACAUCAUGGCGCGCCUGUACGUGCAUCAGCUGGAGGUUGAGACGGUAUCGGGGCAGUACUUCAAGGAUCCGAUAAUGUCGUGAACUGUGGGCUGGUAAUCUCUGCCACAAUGACGGUCGCACAGUUAUCCGUUCAUCAUCUUGAUAACGCGUUGAGCCCGCCAGUCCCUAAUGGCUAACAGUUCCAUGUGUAGUUUGGCAGUCUAGGCAAAAAUUAAUCAUGUCCCUGUGGCCGCGAUCGUAUUUUUUCUUAGCGAUACAAGUUUUCUGGCCGUAUUACUUUCGUACUUCCAUGGUGUAUGCGGGAAAGGGGUUCCUGCUUGUUGUAGUUGCUUCCCAUUACGACUUUAUGCUUACAAACAACGCCUACUUGCAUUAAAUUAGUAGUGAUGGUGGUGGGGGUGGUGGUGGUGGUAGUAGUAGUAGUAGUAGUAGUAGUAGUAGUAGUAGUAGUAGUAGUAGUAGUAGUAGUAGUAGUAGUAGUAUGUUCGUCCUUAUCAGCUACCGCUAAUGUCGAUCGCACUAUUUUUUUUUUAGCCAGCAGACACGGAACUGCUGAAACUUUACGCGGAGAUAGAGAAAGACGCUGAUAUGAAGAAGACCCUGGAUUCAGAAAUUACCGUCCACGCUUCCUUAGCUAUGGCCCUUUCCAGUGUUGAAGAAGAGGAGGAGGAAUUGGACCUGGCAAAACUCCUAAAGACAAAGAGUGGCAGGUUGCGUCCGGGCGAGAAGUUGAAACGCACAUUUGUGGCACACACUGCAGUUCCUUCACAAAAACAGGUACAUUUCCAACCCUUUCCGACACGUUCUUUUCUAAUGUAUUCGUAAAUUUCUUGUUUACGUCAGCAGCAAGUUAUUUGUUUGUCACGGACCAACAACCUUGGCGUGCCGUCGGUUCGAUCUAUAAUGUAUUUUUUUCGGCAUUUGCUUGUAUCCGUUAACUCUGAAAAGCCGCCUCAUAACCCGCGCUUUGACUCAAAGGCAAUUAUGCACAGACAGAAUACGUUUAGUCCUCUUUUUGUCAAAAUCCUCCAAAAAUCGGUCUUGAUAUUUUGAGAACUCCAUUCAAGGUUUUCUUAUGCCUCCCUAAAACGAUCUUUGCGAAAACUAAUAGGCAGUCCUUAUUAGGUCUGUUCUCAGGCUAUUUCCAAGUUUCCAGGAGGCAGCGUACACCUUAAAAAUCGAUCCCACUGAUAUCUAGCGGUGAGUUUGUUCAAUGAGUGUUACCGACAAGGCAAGGGUAUAUUGAAAUGUCCACUUCUGGGUUAUUUGAUGCGGGGUCAGGAUUGUUACUUCGCAUCCGGCGUCUUUGAGCUGGAAACCACUACUAGCUUAAAAUUCCGAUGCCGCCUGGGCGUUCGCAGAUACUCUUUUUCACAGCGAGUCGUCGGUGCCUGGAACGGGCUUCCCGAGUACGUGAUAAUGGCGGACUCCUUGGAGACAUUCAAGCAUAGACUAGAUGUAUAUUUGCUUGUUAAAUACCACAUGUCUGGACAAAACACCUUCGUUGUGCCAAACCAACGCCUUGCAUACGCCUACCGCAAAUGCGGACGAUUGUCAUUUCAUUUUACCGAUAUCAUCUACGACUGAAUGUUCUCGAGUUUCGGUCCUGCAUUUUCAAUAAAAAAUAUUCUGUUACUUGUAUACAUUACUGACAGCAUUUUAGUACGACGUUUAUUUAAAGGUAGAUAUUGCAUGUACCGUAUUCAAUAGGGUUUUAUAAGGCAUUGCCUAAUACCCUUAGAAUAUACUGACCUACCGGUGAGCACAAGGCACGUAACACUGCCGGUGGACGUCGUCAUGCCUCCAUCCGUGUACGCAGUUAAGAGGAAGUUUGACCGGCACAGCCAUACCACGCCAUCAGAAGCCACCACAUUUCUACCCAUGUAUUAUCCUCUUCGAGAAUUACGCGUUACCGAUCAUACAUAGAAACAUGUAGUCUGGUGCAUCCUGGCGGACUUUUUAUUGUCGGCUUCCAUGCUACCUGACAUAUUUCAGUAACGCGUUUUUAUAUGUUGAAAAUUUUACCACGUCACGCAUGCAUAGACGCGUACUAGUAUUUUCCUGACGGCUACCUGCUUGUUGCAUGCAUUCUAUAGUCAAUCUUUUUCCAACGUUCUUUAUAUGUCGGUGUUUUCCUUUACGACGUUGUUGUAACCAAUAGGGAGUUCAAAGACAUUCGCUUACCUUUGCCUUAACAAAACUGAACUCAUUCAAACCAGACUGAUACGGUCUCCACCGACAGACUUAAGCCAGACCGAACUGGACCAGCUAGUGAUAGCCCAACUCGGGAUCAGUGACCUAUGGAACAUUUGCUGAAAGCGGUUCAUGCACCUUACCUACUGUGUCAGCAUUAUGCUGACUGAGCUCGGGGAAUACGCCAAGUCACGUAGGGUGACGUUCGCCGAUCUACAUUAAUUCCAAAAGAGAAGUGGACACUUUUAUUUUGCCUUUGAGCCCUGGAUGUAGAGCACGUCCGGGAGAUCGUUUAGCGACUAGCAAUCAGUAUUCGGGACGUGAGAAGACACCGGGAAUGACUGCGAACAUGGUAUCGCCGCAUAUUCUGCCUUGCAACGAAAUGAACCAGCCAGCGCCGCUCCCCCACUGAGUGACAGUUUGACUGUCGCAUUCGACGACGUUCACUGUCCCAGAAAGUGGACCCGACAGCGGUGGCUCCCGCGGGAGCGCAGUUGCGAAGCAUCUGCCGCACUCUCGCACGCUCACUUUCAUCCGAUGAGGAGACAGAGUCAGGGAGACAGAAGGUGGACGCGAACACACUCGGACAACCCGUCUACGCGUGCCACACACGAGCGACAUAUGUAACGGACUGGGUUUAGCAAGAUGUCUUAGAUUUUGCCUGGCUCAGAGUGUAAUAAGGGGCACAUUGAGAAUGAACUUCUGCAGCCUGACACCCAGUCCCGAAAAGAAACGAGUCUGUUGGUAGCCUUCCAAGCCACGAGCACUUGCACACCAUCCCUGAUUCGAGCGUGUUGCAUUUGUUAUAGUAGGGAGUGCGCCGACUUUCCGUGGGGUUGGAUUCUCCAGUGUAGGUCUGUCCAAACAACAGGCGAUGAGAUUGGACUCAGUGACUGACAAAAUUAACGUGCCUGUCUGCUUAUCUUUCUCACACACACGGCCUGCUUCCUCGUCCCUAUACGCCGCGUAAUUGAGAUCUGACCCGCGGCGUCUCGUCCGUUAAGUGGAUGCGCGUGUUAUGGAAUGGGUUCAUGCGUAACCUAGAGGUGUGUAUGUGGGUAGGGUGCUUGUGCAGCAUCAAAUAAACCCAUUACUUGUUGAGAUUAGUCGAUGUAAAGAGCCCUUUUUCUUCUCAAUCGUGUCACAUUUGGGUUUUUUAUGGGCGAGAUGAGUAACUUUAGCUUGGACUAACACUUACGUGGUUUAUCCAUUGUCCACGCCGUUAGUGGGCCCCGCAUUCUACUCUGUAGGUACCCUUAUGCUGUUUUUACUCUCUAGGGAGAACUUUUUUGACGAUCGUUUUCUUAAAUGCGUAGACUGUCCGAUAAUAUAUCUUUUGGUGAUCUCAUUAGCACCCCUUGAGUCUCAACUCCAUCCUGUAGUUUGCUGCAGACAUCUUUUCACGCCUAGUGUUCCUACAACGUACUGAUGAUCGGUAACGGCCGUCUUUGUCUGGCCUGUGGCACCCUUAACGAGCUGCUUACGCAUUAUAGGAAGUACUAUUGUUCGCACUGGAACUAUUACAUAAAUCAGUUGGUUCUGCCCAAUCACCAUUUCCGUGGGCCACAGAGUCAUCGCCAUUGAAGUCAAAGAAAUAAAUAGCAAAAAUGGUAGUCAGCUGGGACAAACGUGCUUUUUCGGUCAUGCAUCGUAACGCAUUUACAAAUAAAAAAUACGGAUUGGCGAGACACUGUUUUUCCCUAGUAACGUUGUCAGUGCAUGGGGGGGAGGGGGUUUCAGUGAUAGUGAUGGAGAGCCUGGUUCGGGAAGUGAGGAUGAACGGGAGAAGGAAGGGGCAAGUGUCCCCGGGUGGUGGGUAGGGGAGGGCAGAUUAGUUGGUUGAGGGAGGUCCACAAUCGUACUGCAGGCGCGGGGACGCAUCAAGUCAACCACCUUGGCCGCCCACCUGUGUUUGGGCCAUCAGGAUCGACCUAAGUCAGCGCGAUUGCUGAACCUAAACGAAUGGUCUUGAGCGUAGGGCGGGCUUCCCUAGCCGUGCAGCAAUCACCUCUGUCGCCCCCGCGACACUUAAUCUUGUCCCCCCCUCCUCCGAAUGUCAUCUUUCGUGCAUAAAGGCGGCACUUUUUCUCCUUCUUUAACUUAUAUUGUUCUGUCAAAGUAUCACGACGCGUUGAUGUAUGCUCGGAAACAUACAUUCGUCUAGGUAGACUAACCGUUUUAAUGGCAGUUUCCACUGACCUGAUAAUUCUAGUGCUCCGAUAUACGACCUGCGGAAAUGAGAGGACAACCUUCUUCGCGCUUUUUCUCCCUUGCAUGCAACAUGAGGAUUUUUCGGGCUACUCACCCCUUCCAUCCGCUCCCUGAUCAAAACUGUUUCCAUCUUUCUACUUACCAGGUGGAAGAGGCCCUUGUGGAGCAGCGAAAGCGUCUGCUUCUGGAGCAGUACAUGACGCCGGAGUUUUUGGCCAGUGUUUCAGACACUGGAAAACUACUCGGCGUGGAACGAAACGAGCAGCCUCCGACAGACGCCGCCAACGCGGAAGGUGAAGAAAGAGAGGAGGAGGAAGAAGAGGAAGAGGAGGACGAAGAUGAGGUGGCAGCGGCGGAUGGGACCGGUGCUGAUACUGUCGCCUAA